GUUUGCAGAUGGCCGCUCCCUGGUAGCAUGCCGCUUGUGGUGUUUUGCGGGCUGCCGUGCAGCGGCAAGAGCCGCCGUGCAGAAGAGCUUCGCUGGGCAUUGGCGGCUGAGGGCCACACGGUAUACGUGGUGGAUGACGCUUCGGUGCUAGGCGCGGAGGACGCGACCGUGUAUGGCGAUUCUGCCCGUGAGAAGGCUUUGCGUGGGGCCCUGCGAGCCGCCGUGGAACGGCGCCUGAGUCGCCACGAUGUGGUCAUCCUGGACUCGCUCAACUACAUCAAAGGCUUCCGCUACGAGCUCUACUGCUUAGCGCGGGCAGCGCGCACGCCGCUUUGCCUGGUUUAUUGCGUGAGGCCAGGAGGUGCAAGCCGAGGACCUGAGGUGACUGGCGCGGAAGAGWACCCGGGCCCGAAAGUUAAUGUGAGUUGGCGGCCGCGCGCUGAGGAGGGCGGGAAAUCUGAGCCUGCAGACAUCAGUACUAUCACCGAACCGGCCUCUAUAGUAAAUGGGAGAACCGGGGCCCACGGACCUAGGGAAUUGGAGCCGGAAGAAGCCGAAGCAUCAGAUUCUUCAGCUGUAGUGAUUGCGGAGCCUGAGAAAUCUGUGAAGCAUGUGACCAGUGCCUUUUACCCUCCUGAAUUAAUGCAGGCUCUAACACUGCGCUUUGAGACUCCUGACUCUCGGAACCGUUGGGAUCGGCCUUUGUUUACUGUGGUGGGCUUAGAAGAGGCAUUACCUUUGGCGGAGAUCCGGGCUGCCCUGUUUGAGAACCGGGCUCCCCCACCACAUCAGUCUACACAAUCCCAGCCCCUUGCCUCGGGCAGCUUUCUACACCAGUUGGAUCAGGUCACAAGCCAGGUGUUGGCCAGACUGAUGGAAGCGCAGAAGUGCGCUGUGCCUGGGGACUUGCUAACACUUCCAGGCACCACCGAGCACCUAAAAUUCACUCGGCCCCUGACCAUGGCAGAACUGAGUCGCCUUCGUCGCCAGUUUAUUUCCUAUACUAAAAUGCAUCCCAACAAUGAGAACCUGCAUCAACUGGCCAAUAUGUUUAUUCAGUAUCUGGGUCAGAGCUUGCACUAAUCAGAGCGGUAGGGGGAAUCCGUGGCUUCCACUGUUCUCUAGGAAGAAUAGUCUGAAGGUCUGCAAAGCGUGUUAUAUUAGUGGAGCUGCUGAACUUACUGAUUUGUUCCAGCUUUCCUGACUGCCCCUGUGCCAGGCCCUGAGUUUACAGCAUAAGUUUGAGACUAGAGAGAAUCCUGGCAAAUUUCUCCGGAGAAGACAGCUCAAGUGGUCAGGGAUUGCUUAGAUUGGAUUGGUAUAUCACAUACCAUUGACUCUUCCCAUUUGAAUAGUGGGUGAAGAGACUGGAUGGAUAAGAAUGUUUUAAAACAGUUGUGAAUAGUUCUAGACUCUGUGCUGGCCAGUCUUUCAUAUCACAAAUCUUUUCUGAGUACCAAUUUUUGCUAGUUUCUUUUUCCUGGGACUGAGUUUACUGAUAAACCCAUUGUUUUUGGUCGUUAAGUAUCUUUGAUUUUGUGAAAGCGAAAGACAUAACCACUAGGUUAUUUCCUCCAAUAAAAUAUUUUAAAAGUAGU